CACUUAAUUACCUCCCCAGCUUUUUACUAAGAAACAGUUUAUGUAUUAAGCAAAGUUUGCUUGCUACAUAUCCUCAAGUCACAAGAGAAAUCAAGCCUCACACCCUCUUGUGAUUUUGAAACAAAAACCAACCAUGCCUUUCAUAAAUUCCCUAAUAGCUUCCAUAAUUGCGUUCCUAAGUUUUCUAAUACCCUUUUCAUCAUCAUCUUCAUCUUCAUCUUCUUCUUCUUCCUCUGCUACGACUACUACUAAUUCCAUCCCUCAAAAGAACUAUGAUGUUUUCUUGAGUUUUGGAGGCGAAGACACCCGCUAUAAUUUCACUGAUCACCUCUACCAAGCUUUGCUUAAGAGAGGCAAUCGCACCUUCAGAGAUGAUAAACUUAAGAGAGGAGAAGAGAUUGGGUCAGAACUCUUCAAAGUCAUUGAAAGAUCAAGGUUUUCCGUAAUCGUUUUCUCUAAAAACUAUGCUGAUUCAAGAUGGUGUUUAAAUGAGCUUGUUAAGAUCAUGGAGUGCAGGAAAGAAAUGGGACAAAUCGUCCUCUCAAUUUUCUACCAUGUUGGUCCAUCCCAUGUACGAAAGCAAACAGGAAGUUUUGGAGAAGCCUUUAAGAAUUAUAAAGAAGAUACAAAAGAGAAGAAAGAGAUGGUGCAAAGGUGGAGGGGUGCAUUGACAGAGGCAGCCAAUCUAUCAGGAGAGCAUGUGAAAGAUGAUGGGUAAGUUUUCAAGGCUUGUUGAGAUCGCCAAUUGGUUGAAGAUCAAUGUUGGGCUGCGAGACCAGAAGAUUCUGUUAAAGCUUGCACAACUAUACACUACAUUUGUCUUUAUGGGAAGAUUUCUCCAUCACCCUCUCUUUCUUUCAUAAUGUCAGAGGAUACCUCCUUGGAGAGGCAGUUUGUUUUGCCACCUCCCACGAUACCAAUAUAAAAGGCAUCAAGUACAAUCAUGCAGCAUGCAGCAAAGACACGGUACCUUGAUGUGCAGAGAAGCUGUGGCACCAAAUCAGUACUUGAUGCUGAUGUUAAUGCACAGAGAAGCUGUGACGACAUACAAUGUAUGGGCAACAACCAUUCUCCAAUGGAUACAAUAACACAAAAUAUUAAUGAUAAUGUUGUUGAUGCCCAAGAUGAUGAAGAGGACCAAAUGCACAAGUGAAUGGAGCUUCUUAAUUUGCAAA